CAUCAAUCCAUUCAAUUUCCAUCCAUCAAACAUCUUCAAAAUACAUCUCGGUUUCGACCAAUCUACAAACAAUCGCAAUGGCAACUCUUCACUACCUCCCUCCGGUUAAGCCUUCGGCUAUUGCCCUGGGUACCAUCUUCAACCACGCUGCUUCUCUCGCAGUGUUAACUCCCGUUUUCGGUGAGACCUACCACCGUGCUCAGGCUGCCAACUCGAAGGAGGAGUUUGCCAAGUCGAGGGAGGCUGCCUCCGCCGCUGCCGCUUGGGGUAGCUCUCUUGUUGGAUCUGCUUUACAAUCCUAUGGUGUUGGAGCUUUGAUCAAUGCUACUGGCACUCUGAGCUACAAGGGCGCCGCUUACUUGGGAAGCUUGAUUUUCUUCGCCAGUUCUGCUCCCUCGUUCGUCGCCCAGAUUGUUACCGAGAAGCGGCCAUUGGACACUGUUGCCGUUGGCCUAGUCUCGCGCGUCUUCGAAACCGUUGGACUCAGCUUGUUCCUCACCUGGUGGGGCACUCGCACCAACCCUUUUGAGUAAACAGAUGUGCUUGCAUUUCCAAGGACAGGGAUAAGGGUUCAGGAGUGUUAUGGGACCUCGUGACUUUUUUCUUUUUCUUUUCCUCAAAGUUGCUGCUGGAUUAUAAUGAUUCUCUUCUUCCAACUGAUUUGUACUAUGAAUAGCUCACUCUUAGUGGGUUUGUAUCAAUACUGAAUGGGAAAUAUUACCGAUACCUGAGCUUUUAAGAGAAAAUUUAACUUGAUCAAUCUAUGCUUUUUUCUUGCCUGGC